AUGGCUGCUAAAUUCUUGACUUACGGUGAUGUCGUUAUUCAAGGAUCUGAUUUGCAUAGUUUAGAAGGCAGAAACUACUUGAACGACACUAUCAUAGAUUUCUACUUUGCCUACCUCUCCGCAACGUACCAAUCGAACGAAAUUCUAUCGAUACCAACGAGUGUCUCUUUUUUGUUGGGCAACACUCUUGAUUGGGAUAUUUUUAUAUCCACGAUCGAAUCCCUGAACCUCCCUGAAAAGAAGCUAAUUUUUUUCGUCGUCAAUGACAACUCCAACGUCUCCUCUUCCGGUGGAUCUCAUUGGAGCUUGCUGGUGUACUGCAGAAAACGAAAUUUAUUCAUGCACUACGACAGUCUUUCCACGAUGAACAGUGAAUCUGCUUUCACCCUUUAUGAAUCUGUGAAUGGCUACAUCAAUUAUGAACCAGCAGAGUUUAUGGAAUGUCGUACACCUCGACAAAACAAUGGAUAUGAUUGUGGACUAUAUGUGAUGGAAACUGCUCGAGUGAUUUAUGAGCAUUAUUGCAACGUUGAUCAAUUUCGAAGCAAGGAUGAGAUUUCUGGACCCAUUAAUGUGAUGCGAAGUGUAAAGAGUAAGUACGUUGAAUUCAACAUGCGUUCUGAAAUGCUGCAGCUUAUUCACGGAUUGAAACAAGAACAAAUCAACUCUAGAUAG